AUGAUCUUCGGACAUGUAUUGCGGCUGCCGGCAGAUGUCGUGGCACCACCGCCUCGAGAGACGGGUUAUUCACAACCUUCUGAAUACGUUGCUGACGUACGGCGCCAUCUGCGUUGCUUUUUUGACUCAGCCAGGUCACAGCUAGACUUUGCCCACGAGCGCAAGAAGGAUUAUUCUGAUAAACGAGCCCACGGUACCCCUGUCUGUACCAGAAACCAUGCCAAUCCAAUUGAACCAACUCACCAAUAA